AUUCCACAACCCUUUGCAUAAUGUCGUGGAUUUGGAAGGAUCCCAGCUUUAUUGAGCUGUGCUGUGACCAUUACUUUGCAUUCAAUGCAGGGUCGGUCAUACCUACGCCGUCUAUAUCGGCGGCGAGCGCACUAAACAGCUCAUCUAAGCUCUAUCAGAGGAUAAUAAACAAGACACUAGAGAAGGGCGGUGCCCUUGUGUCACCUGAUAUGUGCAAUGGCCUUCUUAAAGCUAAAGAGGCCAUUAGCAUGAUAGAUUCAGCACUAUGGCAACAUCUGUAUGAUGCCACUGUGCACGCCGGAAAUGGCGAUUUUGCGAUGUUGCAUAGAUUCAUCUUUGGGCUAUUGACCCGAUUGAAGGACUUACCUAAUGACAGCUGGUUUUUAAUACCGGGUGGAGUUAAACUAUCGGACCAAACUCCAUUGGAAUGGCUAGGUUACGCCAUAUACAAACCAGCAGAUUCAUCAUCGUAUGUGUUUGGUGUAGUUAACACUGGUGGCCCAGGCCUCAAGUACCAUUCAUUCAAGCUUAACAGGUACACCAAAAUUGGUCAACUGGAGCGAGAUGCAUCUGUGAUGCUCAAGGAUGUAUCUGCGGAUAGGCUGUUGCACAGUGCAUUUUGGUUUGCCAUAUUCAGGUUGAUGUAUGCACCCAGCACCCAGAAUUAUGCCUACCUAUAUGAAGUGCUGCUGCCAUACCUUAACUCUAAGCCCCUAAUGCUUAACUGGAAGCUUGAAUCGUUAUCUAACGUACGAUUGGAUGAGACUGAGGAGGUCAAGGAGCAGUCAAGUGGCAAAUCCGCCAAAAAGGUUCUCAUCGAGGCUUUUACGCGCAUGAGCAAGGACCAGAAGACUGAAUCGACAAAAGAGAUGCAAUUUGAGUUAGAGAAUAACUACGGUGGCGUAUGGAUGGACGCACCAACAAAUGAGUACAAGCCCGGCUCAAUGACCUCUAUUAUCGCCACUUUCGUUGAGCUUGUCCUGCGUCGGGACGAACAUAACGACCUGGAAGUAAGGAUGGUACACAUCAUGUUCCAGCUUAGCAUAUGCCUAUUGAUCGACCACGAUCUAGAUUCUCUGACUGGUGACGACCAGUCUAACGGCCAGCUUAACAUCCGUAGCUCGUCUCUGUUCAUCGAAAUUGCGUGCAAGCAGCUGGCUGUAAUGCUUGCAGAGGAGGCUGUUUACGACUCACAGCAGGAGACUUUGAUUGACGUCGAUGGCACUGAGUUUUCAAUCGAGUCUGCGAUGACGAUGUCGAGCCUUGUUGGUUCAACUAACAGUCCCUUCCCCAGUGUUGCCAAGGCCGCUGGGUCCCUGGGACUUGAGGGUAACCGUCUCCACUACGAUGCAAGCUCGCCCCUGAAAAACAUACCGGAGCUCUACAACCUUGCUGCGUGUGUUAUUGGCAAGGUAUAUGCUAACCUCCAGGCUAAGAUGCCGCCAAGGGCACUUGGUAUGGGUACUGGGUCGUGUACCAUUGACAGGAAGCUAUGUAUGCCAGAUCCGGACACACAGCUAAACUUUGAGUUUGAGAACUUUGGCAAGUUCAGGUUGGAUGGUCCCAAUGUCAACGAGUUGGCCAAAGGUUCAAUGAGGUCCCAGCUGCUGCUGCCUGUGGAUAUGACCAGUGUCGAGAUGCCAAUAAACAACUUCAGCGACGUCUGUAAGGUCUUGCGCAAAUGUAUGGAAGUUUGCACUUUGCUGUCUAACCAGCGAGAUGCCAUUUCGUACACCUACGCAUGGCGCUUCCAGCUGAUAAGGCACGUGUUGUUCGAGGUAUUGCCGUUACCACUGCCAAUACCCAUGCGCAAUGAGGAUGGUACAAUGCCAGAUCCAGGUAAGGUAUUGUGUUUCUGGGCUAACGGCGAUAUUGAGCUCGAGACCCAGGUUGAUAUCUUGAGGCUACUGCAGAUGAUAGCUAGGCACGUGGCCAUUGCAUACUGCUCGCUUAUCCGUACUCGUACAAUAGAGGGUGAAAAGGCCAUUAUGCUAGGUGUCAUAUGUGCGAUAGCAGAUGCCGUCACUCGUAAAAUUGCAGUGGACACUCCGAGUCACGUCUCGCUGAUAUACUCAGGCAAGGGCCAGGGUCCCAUUAGCCCCUUUGGAUUCUCCCUGGGUAACUUCGGCCUGGAAAGUUGUUACUACAGCCUCACUGACCCCUUAGCCGUCAUUGCGCGUACUCAGGUUCUGGAUUACUUCGAAUCUGUCGAGCGUAUGCUUGGGCCAAAGCACAUUGUGUUUGAUUGGGAAAAGUCACUUGAAAUCGGCUCGGGAGACGAGCUUUUAGUACAUUUAGUAGCGCUUCAAUUGGGUUUUAACCGUGGCGUUGAAGAUGUGCGCAAGUACUUUGUAUGUGAGAACAAGGAAUUCGCGGCUAUGUUCCCAGAGUUUGGCUACCUCCGUGACAUUGUCUUCAUUGGAAAGUCUAUUGGUUGGUCCGGUCCCAUUGUGCCCACGUCAAGGUACUCCCUGGAGGAUGCCACGUUCAAGUGGUCAGUGACCUCAAGCAGCUCCAGUGCAACCAUAACGGUCAAGGCAUUUGGCAAGCAGUUGAAGGUUACUCCCAUUGGCAAGGUCAGGAACUCUGACGAGCAGAGUCAGACUUAUUAUCGCAAGAUGAUGCGGUGGUUUGUCCACUCUAGUAAUUCAAAGUCGCCCACUAGUGCAGCUGACGCCCAUAACCUGGUGACUGACUGCGAGGUAGCCAACGAGACUGACGUACUCCACCUCCAGACACUUCCUGACUACGGUGGUAACCUAGGUCGGCGUGACUCUGAACUCUUGCUCCAGUACCUCACUGCAUCCUAUGUACGUAUCCCGCUGAUCAUGCAAUUUUUCGCCAAUGAAGCUAACCUCCACGCAGUGGCUUCAGCGCCCCUGCAGAAGGUAGUCAUGGCUUCGGUGUUCGAGCCUGGUAUCUGGAAGAGCAUGGCAAACGACCACGUGUACCCUCAGAUGGCUCCAGUCCAAUCUCCCGAUAUACUCUCAACGCCUCUGGGUCUCCUUUUCAAUGAGAUAUAUUUCUCCGGUGGCUGUGUACUGUUAUCAGUUGAGCAGAUGCUGGAGUUGGCACUUGAAAGGGACAACUGCGUAUUCGUUGGGGAUGCCUCUAAAGUACUGCCAUUUGCUAUUAGAUUGGCUACUCAUGUAUGCCGCUAUGUUUUCCAAGCUACGUGCCACUUUAGGUUUACACAGGAACCUGCCGAUGGAUCGGGGCCUACCAGGAUUACCGGUAGCGGUUGGCACAGCAAUGUUAGAGGACUUCGCUUACGUAGUGAGGCUGCCUGCAUUGAGUUGGAGGCUUUCCAAAGACGUAUGCGUGUGUUGUUAAUGGAAGGUGCCAAGGCACUUAACAAGCGUGCGUUGAAAGCAGCAAGAGCGAAUGAUCAAAAUGCCGCCACACUUGCGAUGGCCCAUGUUGCUCUGGUAUACGGCUAUAUCAUGCAAAUCGAUGACUACAUGGUCCAAAACGGACAGCCUACACCUGAAAAUGAAGAUGAUAUGUUCUUGUCACUUGGGACAGCGCUUAUAUUCGUAUAUGUCCACCAUAGAUUCGAGGUUGAAAAGUCAGUAGACAGUGCAAGUUCGGAUACCAACGAUGAAGAUCCUGAUGAAGAACCGCUUUUCAUGCCAGAGCUUGAGCUUUUCGGUGUUGUACAAACUAUACGUCAGCGGUUCCUGAAGUACCUGAGGUCCAAAGGCACUGGCUGUGAUGUUAUACUGGAAAAGCUAGUACACAAGGUGACCCAGUUUGCCAUGUCAGAUGCCGAGAUAGCGCGGAUCAGGAUGGACAUGACAAGCACUGACGACUGGCAUGAACUCCAGUUUCCAGUAAGGUCUGGUAGAUUCACCAAGGCAUCUUGGGUACACAGACAAUUUAAAACAGGCAAGAUAGAUGACGAGGAUGAUUCUGACUAUGAGGACGUUUUAAUGGAAAGCUACUACGUCGAUGAAAACCUAGAUGGCAAGGAGGGUGAGAACACAGAUCCCGCAUGGGCGUUUGACCAGCAGGCAAAGAGUAAAACCGAGCAGCGCACAGAACCCGAGGCAGUGGAAGAUGCCAAACCGAGUAGUAAGGGCAUAAUAGGGCACACCAAGGACGUGGUUGUGGACAAUACCAAGAAAACCAAGGACAUGACAGUGUCCCUGGGUAAGAAAGUCUACCGUAAACUCAGACGGAAGAGUAAGGCCGACAAGCUAGUGAGCCCGAUUGAAGCCUAUGAAGAGUGGCUGAAGAUGCGCGUGAUGCAGCACUGUGAUAUUGAACUAAACUUCCAGACAUGCGAACUCACUCUGAAACGUAACCGCCUCCAGCUGCUAGGCCAGUGGGUAAACCACUUCCCGCACUAUGUCGAGCUUUUGGGACAGGUUAAUCGCCAAUCCACUGUACAGAGUGCAACUGUACAGCUCCAUCAUAAUCGUCAUUGGAUGCGUCUGGUCGGUAGGAAUUAUAACCUUAUCAGAUGGGAGCGCGAUACGCGCGACUACAUGUUACCUCCUAAAAUGGUAUACAAACAGUCGGCGUGUCACAGUGGUUUGGAGUGGCUUCCAGCAGUAUUAGACCCCUGGCUCCAGGAGCACAUGCCCAAGUGGACUGUAUACAUUGCCAAGACGUUAGCCACUUCUAACCUGGAUACGCAACAGGAUGAGACCUACGUCAGAUAUGACGCAAACAAGUAUGUCAUCAACUCCGUCAGGCUCAUAGCAACGUACAACGUCUCCAGCCAUAAUACUGGCGAAGCAGACAAUAUUGGUGCUAUUCCCGUAUCGGAGUUCCACCAGAGUGAGUACAGUGGCAUCAAGGACUGCACAGUGGAUUACAUACCGAAUGACGACAGUACUAUCGUGAAAAUAGCAAAGAACACUGCAGAGACUAUAUCCAGUAUUUCGUCGGUUAUCACCGAUGCCGCCUCCAGCAUAACUAAGCUGGGUGGUAAAAGCAAGAGUAGCAAGAGCUCGUCCCAGCAAGCUUCUGGUAAGCAUGCAGCGGAAGUUGCAGCUGCAAAUAAUGCAGUUGUUACCAAGACUGAGGACACCAGCAGCGGCUCGAAGCGCUUGGUGACGAAGGAAAUUGUAGUAGUGAAGAACCCGUUGGCAAUCCAUGUGUUUGACCUGGUGCAGGAGGGUAGGACUUGGUACCGUUCGUUGUGCUACAGCUCAGAUGCAACCCGGGCGUUCUGCACCAGUCUACCGCGAUAUGUAAAUAUAGUUGGCUUCGGUAGUGGUAAACCCGAACUUUCCGUAGGUAAGCCCUCGCAACCAGCUCCGCAGCCAAAGAAUACGUUACUCAUUAUCCGCAACACCGAGAAAGAGGUGUUGGCUAGCACCGAGGGCGGCAUAAGCGGCAGGGAGCAGUUUAUCCUACCCGAGUGUAUGCGUGGUCUUUUACCCGAUGUCCUCCUUGAGGAGUACUACUUCUGGCAGAACAUCAAAUCGUCGGAUAUUGUGGGAUACCCCAAGACCACAACUGCAGAACGGUUUGCAAAAACUCGUGUUUGGAUCCGAUUGGUGCCAUACGGCGCCCCGGACAAUACGUACUUCCAACACGCUGAUGCCAAUGCCAUUGUCAAGCGUGUGCAUAUAGGCUCGGAAACUACCAAGGAAGUUGAACAGCUUGUAAACCUGCAGGCGCCAAAGGACGAAUUGAUCGAGUCGUUAACGAGGACUCUGUUGCGUCUGGAUGACCUGAGCCAUAUACUGGCAUGGUCAUAUGAAGAUAGUAACCGCGUGGAAGUAGUGGAAUUCGCUAAGCUGGGCUUGACGUUCCGUGCCACUAGGUCUGGUGGAGGUUCUAGUGGUAUCAUACGCUACAUGUGUGAGGAGCAUACAGGACUGUUUUUGAACUAUGGUGAUGUAUGGCAGAGCCCGUUGACAGCUGCGCUUAUCCGCGGUUUGGAAAAUAGUCUGUUGUUAACUGAUGAGGACGGUGAAUUGUACAUACUGGUAUCUACUGUUAGGUGCCCUAUACGUGUGUUCCCUAAGGUACCUGAAGGUAUCAUGCUGGCCCAUGAAAUAGCGCAUGUAAUGCAAGGUGUAGUUUGGCCAGAGUUGAUCUACGAUGGUGGUAACAAGGACUGGCUGGCAGCCAUAGAUACUGGCAGCAGGCACUACCUCUACAAAGUACACUCCUCUAGGUCGUUCCUGUUUGUUCCAACCUAUGCGUCAGGCCUAUAUCUGCUGCUUAACAGGUUCCUUGAUAGGCAGUAUGACCAGGUAUGCCGCAUCAGCAAGACCACGCUGUUUGACGACGAGAGUCACAGCAGCGAGGAACGUGCUUUCUGGGAGGUACUGGCUAAAAUCGAUUCCACUUGCGAUAAACACCCAGACGCUUACGCGUGUAGGAUUCACUUACUGCUAGCUGCCAUUAGGCAGGGGCUCCACGUAGCGGAAGGAAUAAACCUCAAACCACCAAAGCGGAUGCAAAGGAUACAGCAAAACAUAAAGACCAUAUUUGGUACCGUUAAACAGGUUCCCGGUCCCAAGGAUGGCGAGACCUACAGGAUCAACUGGGUGUUGCACCAGGAGCUCCUGGGAUACAUAAACAACCUGCGGUAUGUAUCCGCUGGGUGUAGAUUGACUAUCCAGGAAGAGAAGGAACUUCUCAAGUUGUGCCAGCCGUACUUUGGGCGUUUCCCUUCGUUGUCCAACAGGUUUGCCAUACUGAACGCCCUGGAUCAGGAUAAGGUAUCUGAUGUAGGUCGUGAGUUUUCAGUGGUACAUAAAAUAGAGCUUGCCAUGCCCAAGCGGCCUAAUGUGCACAACUACGACAGUAGAUGUGACAAGAGCUGCAUCGACAAGAAUGUUUACGUGGACGCCGCCGCUAAUAUCCUGACGAAUGUACGUUACAAAAAGCCUGACUCUAUACUAUCGGGACCCGAUUCCUUGGCGUACAUAGAGAAGAUGUUUGCUAGAGGCAUUGGCCACGGCGACUUUUUAGUGGUCUACGAAAUGUUAUGCGGUAUAUUCCCAAUGUCAACGUUGCCAUAUGAGCCAACCCAUGAAUGGGGAGCUGUGCUUACCAGGUUCAUCAUACACAAAAACCAGGACACCAAGAACAUUAUGCUGUCGACUCUCGAAAUCCUAAGCGCAGAUCGCUCCCUGGGUUCACAGAUGCCGAGGAUACCGCCAGACGUCACCCAGAAGAAGCAGUUGACAUCCUUGUUUUCAAGAGUCCACCAGCCACUUCAGAAGUUUAUCGCGGAGGUACAGCGUACGCUUAAUAGGCUAGACGAACGCGGUGCCAUCAUGUGGCCUGAGGAUUACAAGCGUCACCACAAGUACGAGUACGUACUCAGGAUUAGCGCUACUAUCCCCAAGGACCAGCUCUUGGUACCGUGGUCAUUUGUGCACUAUAGCACUGACUACACCAAGGAUGUGAUGGAAAUGGUACCUUGCAAAGUGGGUGAUGCCGUUGUAGAUGAUAAGUUCAUCUCCACCAUGGGCGCUGAAGUACUGGGCGAAGUGAUUGAGCACAGGGAGCAUGUAGAACCACCAAAGGUGGCACCCGACCAAAAGAAGCUGCCUAUAUCCUUGGAAGGCCACUGGGUAAUGAAAUAUGCACCUGCACGUCAGAUGAUGUCCCGUCUGGAGAAGGACUAUGAGUUCUACUUGCAAGAGGAGGCACAAGAAAGCCAGCGCAUGUUUACUGGGUUCACCAAUGCCUACGUCGACCAGAUGGCAGCAAAACCUGAAGUUCUCACGGAGGAGUUCAGGAAAUUGCAGGCCCUACGAGAACGGCUUUUGGCAUUGUUCAAAUCUGACGGCCAGUUCGUGGAGGCUGGUAUUAGGUCUGCACUACGCCAGGCAAACUGCAUCGUGGACAAAAAGGAUACCAAAACGCAUAUUAUGAAGUGUUGGGGGUAUAUAUUCGGCAAACUAGCGGGUAUUGAGUGCCUCGUGGGACUUGACGAGUUGGUAGACUGCCUGGUGUCGUCCAAUGGUGAUCGUAAUUUGCUCAUACUGAAUCCGUUCAUAGAUCGACCUCAGGAUAUUCUGUGCCUAGUUGCAGCAGUUAUGAUGGCUGUCAACAGGCGGUCGCUAACGGCAAAAGCCAUAUGCCAAUUGAUGCUAGUGCUGCAGUCACUAAAAAAGCUAUCGCAAGGCAAGGUCCAUGGAGAAGCAUUAGAUGCGCUAAAGGUGGACAUUUGCACGUCAAGUCGGACCUUGUCCAACCGCAUGAACGUUGCCAGGCAUUAUGUCACUGUGUUGCCUACCCAAAAUGGCGGUACCAAGUGUAUGCUGGACCCGAGGUUACUUCUAUUUGAAUUCUCGGGAAAUAUACUGCUACACAAGCGCCAGGUACAGCUUGUGCGUAACUUUGUACAAUCUGCCCAAAUGGGUGAAAGUCGAUGCCACCAGAUGAUUAUGGGAGAAGGUAAGACCACUGUUGUUGGCCCACUACUUUCUGUGCUACUAGCUGAUGGUGAACGGCUGUUCGUACAAAUAUGUCCGCAUGCAUUGUUGGAGUUCACAAGGGCGAUACUUAGGGAAAACUUCUCUGCGGUAAUCCACAAGGGUGUUUUCACACUCAAGUUCAGCAGGUUCGACAGGGCUACCCCGGAACUUUACCUGAAACUACUCCAGGCUAAGCAAACGAGAUCAGUGGUUAUAUGUACACCCACUAGCAUCAAGUCUAUAUUCCUCAAGGUAGUAUCCUGCUUCCACAAAUUGGAAUCGGGUACCAUGGUCAGCGAGGGCACUGUUAGUAGGAUAAACAGUUUGCACCAGCGUUUAACGAGAAUAUGGAAUAUGAAGGGUACGUCAAAGAUAACACCAACGCCCAAGAGUAAGGAGAAGCCCAAAGACGUGGAUGAUACGCAUCGCGCUAUACAGCUUGAACUUGACAUGUGCCUGAGGAUAUUGGAGCUGUUCUCCAAUGCAAUAGUGCUAAUGGACGAAAUCGACCUUUUGCUACAUCCACUCAAGAGCGAGUUGCACUGGCCCAUUGGCGACAAGAAGCCACUGGUACACUUGCACGGCUCGGACCAUAACAUCAGGUGGCUGCUGCCGUGGCACAUUCUACGAGUCAUGGUACCGAAUUCCAAGGAACAGGUCUCGAAGAAUGAAAUGGCAGUUCUGGAGCGUAUCCAGCUAUGCUUCAGUGAAGGUGUAGUGGGAUGCCACGCCGGUGACUCGCCACACCUGAUACUGCUUAACCACCACUGGUAUGUCGGCGAGAUGCUGCCACUGAUGGCCGAAUGGGUCUGCUUGUACCUCAAGAAACACCAGCUAGUAGUGGAAACCUACCAACAAUGUCUUGACUUCCUCAUAACUGGUGAGCCUAACUCAUCGUUACAAUCCGUGGAAGUAUUGAACUUCGCUAAGGAAUGGAUUUGGUCCACAUUCCCUCAUGUUAUAUCUAGGGUCAACCUAGUAAACUAUGGUGUCCUGAGCAUCAAGCAGGUCGAGGAAAUAUUAGCAAUAAGCCCGAAUACACCAUUGUCCAGGCGUAUGCUGGCUGUGCCGUUCGUUGGUAAAGGCACGCCUAGCAAAUAUUCCGAAUUCUCACACCCUGACGUGCUUAUUGGAUUCACUAUCCUGGCCUACCUGUACCAGGGACUUAGGAAAUGCGAUUUUGCACCUGCUUUACGGCAUUUGGCACAGCAAUUCUAUGAGGAACCGGGACAUAUCGUUAACAGACAAGCUUACAAGACUUUCAACCGCUGGGUACUCAGUGCAGGUGGUACCCUGAGGGAGUCCAAGCGCAAGUCUACAAGGCAGUACCACUACCUAUGCGACAUCACUGACGAGCACAUAUUCAACCCUGUAGAGUACGUAGAUCGUGCGUCGGAUAUUUGGACCCUGGAUGUAGUGAACGUAUAUGACGAGGAGCAGGUAGAUAUUCUGUAUAACCUAUUGAAAAACGAUGGUCUCGUUAUAGAGUACUACCUCUGCAACGUUUUACUUCCCUCUGCUAUGGAGCAUACCACGUUACAGCUUACUGCCAGUGCUAUGGAGUUGGGUAGCUCUAUGUUAUUCCCGAUUAGGCUUGGAUUCUCAGGUACUCCGUCGCAGCUUUUGCCAGUAGAAAUGGGUACCUGCCACUACAGUCAGGGUACUGACGGUAUGAUCCUGAAGGUACUCACAGACCCAACCGUAGUCAAGGGGCCCAUUGUACUCAAGAAGGGAUGGACCAGUGAAACAAUCUUGGACCUAGUAGCCAAGAGUCCCUUGAAACCAUUGGCUCUCAUCGAUACCGGAGCCUUAAUAACUAGCUUAAGCAACUUGCAAGUAGCUCAGGAGCUACUCAAGCGCGGUCUGGACCACGUUGACGGUGUGGUAUACUUAGAUGACCAUGACAGGCAGAUGGUACUCUUGCGUGACCGUUGGCGCAGCACUCUGCUGACCCAUUGCGGUAUCCCUCCUGAGCGCAGGCUCAGUUUCUACGACCAGGUGCACGCUACGGGGCAGGAUAUAAAACAAGCUGCACAUGCCACUGCGUUUAUUACCAUAGGCGCCGACAUGACGUUUAGGGACUAUUCCCAGGGUGCUUGGCGUAUGAGAGGUAUUGGUAAGGGACAGACGUUACACUUGGUGAUCCCGCGUGAAGUAGAGACUUUAAUUGCAACUGACCAAAAGUCAGAAAAGAGCAAGAUUAAACAAUGCGUCCAGUGGCUAAUAGUUCGCGGUAUAACCAAUGAAAUGAAAUUCUCCCGCGUGCUUUUCGAGCAGUCGGUACAAAAUGUAAUACGUAAGAAGAGCUUCCAGAAGCUGAUACAGAACCACUUAAGUGUGGCAGCGGGUGAAGCUGAGGGACUGGCCAAAUGUGUCAAUGUAUUCAGGGAAAUCAAGGAUUAUUCCAUCCCUAAUACAUUUAGUGGUAAGCUCACCUUCAGCGACAGGAUACGCACGUUUGUUAAGGAAUAUGAUAUAGAUGAAAGUACAUUGAAGCCUUUGAUCGGCGUGUCAAUGGUACCGCUGAAACUCAACGAUGUCAAGGAAGUUGUUAAACCUCAGGUUAUCAAAAAAACUGCUGUUGGCGAUGAGUUACUGGAUAUAUUUGCCACCCAAGAUGACGAACUUGAUCUGGACGGAGAUGAGUAUGUAUCAUAUGAGGAACAAGUGGCUGCAGAAGCGAACGAUGAAGUUGCCAAAGGAAAAUUGAUGAAACAAGAUUACCUCGAAAUGGAAAACAAACCUAUCGACGAAGAAUUUGGAUACGAUGCUGAACAUGAACAAGAAAUGGAAGUCCUCGAAGAGGAGGAGGAAGAAGAAGAAGCUACACACCAGAGGCAACAAAUGAAAGAGGAAGAGCACCAAACUGAAGAAGAGCUUCCCCAGCCACAUAGGUACAGCCGUAGUGAGGAAGAAGUCAUCAGGUGGAACUUGGACCAGCUUUCAAAGGAUCCAAACGGUUGCGGGUUCCUUGGUUGCAAGGAUUUCUACCUCUACAGAAAAGAUGGUACGCAACUCACUAUGCCAUUCCCAGAUUAUAUAUCUAUAAGCCCAAAUUUCUACAAGAUCAAAUGGUCAUCCAACUCAUAUCGUAGAUUGAAGAAUGUCAUUGUUGUGUUGGACGUCACGGGUGAACUGGAAACCGAUAUCCUUCCUCAGUUCCAAUCAAUGUCAAACAACGUUCCCGUGACCCAGGGAACUGCACUUAAUGAAGUGGCACCCGCUCAAACAUUGGAUGUCGCAAUGCCACGUGGAAUUAAGCGCAGGUUGGCGCGUGCUUUUGAGAUAUUAGCCACCUUGCCAGAUAAUACAGUAUCAUUGCCUAUGGCACUGAGCAUCAUACGUGCUAUAGACCCCGAGGAUCCACAGGAUGCUGAGCUCAUAUCGUCGUAUAUUGCAAAUGAACUAGGUAAAAAGGGUGCUGGUCCCGAUCAGCAAUUUGCUUACCAGGCGAUACUGGAUGCCAUGGUCUCGCUAUAUAGUAUAAACAAGAACCGCAGGUUCCUAGUUGUCACGCUUGCCGAGGCAGAGGCUAUAAGGGCUUGGCUACACAGAAGUCGUACUAAAGCCAAGAUUGGAUUGCGUAAUCUUGGUGCUAGGUUCCAACCAUUCGAUACUUCAUUCUGCUAUGCUCAGAAGAGGCCUGAAAAGGUAGCAGCAUUAGUAGGACUCCAGCCAAGGAUAACCUACGCUUGUCUUAAGUUCUUUAACUCAGAGAUGCAAUACACUGCAUGUCAGGUGAUGAUGUUAAAGGAAAUUUUCGAGUCGGUGUCGCCCACCGAGUGUCUAGCGUACUUCCAGCAGCUUCGUGAAAUGCGGUUAGUGGUACAAAACAUUAAAGCUUCUCUUGCCGGGUCGUCGAAAUUAGGUCGCUUGUUUAGUGCAAGUACCUCCGACGAACUUAUCAUGCGCCUGUUGAACAUUCGCUUACACCAAAUUGCGUGUGAGCGCGGUGGUCCCCGGGGGUUAAUGUUAUCCCUGAAGACUGAUAGGAUAAACGGUCAGAUUUUAGGUGGUUUGAUAAAUUCAAACCCACAACGUAUUCUUGCGCAACCGCAUGAACUCAAAGCUUUUAUGCAGUACCUUGACCGAGAUAUAGACGGUGUUGUGAGUCUACCGGACUUGGAGAUGUCGUUCGAUGAGCUCACCGAUGUAGCUGCUGAUUUGAAUAUAUAUUGGGGUGUGAGAUUCAGCCUCGAGUUCCAUACUGAUGUGCGCCCAGUGUCGCAGUGUAGCGGCUUUGCUGUCUGGAUGCCCAAGAAACUUGGCCAUUCCUUGGGUGUCGAGUUGCAGCAGUUGGCGCACUACUUCACCUUACCCAACGAGGUGAAUUUGGAAUGCCCCGUGUUGAAAUGUGUUAACAAGAGUGGCGGUUACUCGCCUCUAAAGAAAUUCUGCCGUGUUCCUACCGGUUAUACCAAACUAUGGCAGGAUGACGCUGAAAACCCUGGUAUAUUCCUGUGGCAGCCUAUUGCACCAGAGGGCUAUCUAGCCAUUGGAAUAGCUGCCACUAGGGUUGAAGAAAUGCCUAGUGAACGCUCUGUAGUAUGUUUGCCCAUGAAGUGGGUAGAGGAAGUGAAUACUCCAGAUGCAGUUCUAGAAGCCGAUGGUUUCGGCCCAGGUUUGGAGCCCAUGCGUAUCAAGUUGCAUCUAUGGCAUGGAACUGCCAAUACGGAUCGUGCAUUGGCAUUGAAGGGCACUAAGUUUGCCCUGCAACCAAACCUGUUGGACAUGAUGGACACCGUUCCUGAGUUGUUGUCAUUAGACUAAGUUACAGAUUUAAUGUUGUGUCAUUUUAC